AGAGAGAGAGAGAGAGAGAGAGAUUGUUGUUCACUCAUCCUGUGCUGUGUGCAGUGACAUGAGCUGAAAGGUUUUUGGAGGGUUUCACACUGAAUUACACACAUGAAGUCCCCAUCCUGCACGGCUGACAUGGACUCAGCGAGAAAGGACAGCUUCCUGUGGGGGAAAGCUCCAUCAAAUUCCAUUCAGAAGGAGAAGAAGCCAAUAGAAUCCAUCACAAUGCAGAAGAACGACAUUCUCGAUGACAUCCAGAAACUCCGGAUGGAGAUCGAGAACGUUAUGAGUGAGAUCCACACCAUGGAGUCCAACGAGGAGAAUAAGAACGUCGUCAUGAGCAGGAUGUUCCUCUGUGGAAAGAAGAAGUUCAACAUGGACCCGAUAAAGGGGAUUCAGUACCUGUUAAAUAAUGAUCUGUUGGAUGAAACUCCAGAAGCGGUGGCUGAGUUUCUCUAUAAAGAGGACGGACUCAACAAAACAGCCAUCGGGAACUUCCUUGGGGAAAGGGAGGAGUUCCACCUGCAGAUCCUGAAAGCUUUCGUAGAUCUUCACGAGUUCUCAGACCUCAACCUGGUGCAGGCUUUGAGGCAGUUUUUAUGGAGUUUCCGUCUGCCGGGCGAGGCUCAGAAGAUCGAUCGCAUGAUGGAGGCCUUCGCUCAGAGAUACUGCACCUGCAACGCCGGCGUCUUUCAGUCCAUAGACUCGUGUUAUAUUCUAUCCUUCUCUAUCAUCAUGCUGAACACCAGCCUGCACAACCCCAACGUGAAGGAGAAAACCUCUCUGGAGCGCUUCAUCAGCAUGAACCGAGGCAUUAACCACGGAGGAGAUCUUCCCAGUGACCUUCUCACGAAACUGUACGAGAGCAUAAGAAGCGAACCGUUUAAGAUCCCAGUGGACGACGGGAACGAUCUCACACACACUUUCUUUAAUCCGGACCGAGAGGGAUGGCUGCUCAAAGAGGGAGGCAGAGUGAAAACCUGGAAGAGGAGGUGGUUUAUUCUGACGGACAGCUGCCUUUACUACUUCCAGUACACCACUGACAAAGAGCCAAAAGGGAUCAUUCCUCUGGAGAACCUGAGCAUCAGAGAGGUGGACGAUCCACACAAACAGUUCUGCUUCGAGCUCUUUAUUCCUCACAGUAAAGGACAGAAGAUAAAGGCAUGUAAAACAGAUCCAGAUGGUAAAGUGGUUAUGGGGAAACACCAGGCAUACAGGCUCAAUGCUUCUUCUGCUGAGGAGAGAGACGACUGGGUUCAGGCAAUCAGGGCCUGCAUCACUAAAGACCCUUUCUAUGAUCUGGUGUCUGCUCGCAAAAAGAAAAUCAUCAACAACAACAACAACAACACAGAGUGCAGUAAAUAAAUAAACCAGACAUUUUAUUUAUUUAUUCAUACUUCUGUUUGACUCUCAGACUCUGAUCAUCGAUGAAUCACUCUGAGGUGGUUAAAAUUACUCUGAGUUGAUUAUGGUUACUGGCCAUGAUUGGACUACAGUGUGGUUUUUGACCCUCAUGCUGAAGUUCUCGUGCUUUCACUUCCUCUGUUCUGUGUAAAAUGGUUUUAGCUCUUAGCACUGAGCUGAGGUGUGAGAAUUAAUUUUCAGAAUUUGUUCAUGGAACUGAAGUCUGAAAUACUGACACACUCUUUCUCCCCUGCAUACUAGCAUUAAGCAUUAACUAUCAAGUUUAGUUUAUUGUUAGUCUGAGGGGCGGAGCUUAACUCACUGUGUUAAAUGGUUCUAGAAUGUAAGUUAAAUGUUGAUAAUAUCUAAUCCAGGUUCUAAAGCUGAUACUGUAUAUAAAUUAUCAUGUGUUUAAAAUGAACUCUGCUUUAUAUGUAGUGUCUUUCAGGUGAUGUGUGAGGUUUUUUCUGUGUUGUAAAAACUUGUUUGUAGUUUGAUCAUUUUUAGAAUGAGUGUGAGGUGUGUUUAAAGUGUUUAUGUAACUUAAGUAAGGAAUAAAACACUUGUGAAUGUGCUGUUAUAGGAAAACGAUCUACUGUGAUGUUGUGUAAAGAAAUAUUUUCCUAUAACAUCACUUGUAUUAUUCCUCUUAUACCACAGCAAUAUACUGUACUGACAAUUCCAAUUUUUAUUAAUAAAAAUGACACAUCAUACUUUUUUUUAUUUUUAUUUAUAGCUAUGUUAAAUGUUGUGUGAAAGAAGUUAGUUCCUGUUCUCGCUUAUUUACAGCAGCUAUAAACAUUCCUUCACCAGCUUCUCUUUAUUCUCUCUCUUGAAGUUAUUAAGACAAAAAAACACAGCUUGUCCCUGUGAAUGAGUUGUUACUAUAGAAAUGAUAAUAUAUUAUAAUUAGAACGAGCGCAUUAUUACAAACCUAUGAUUUACAGCUGCACUACUGUCAGAGCCGCUGUUAUAGAAAAUGAAUAAACAGCUUCUAACAGCACUGUGGUGUAAAAGUACAAUAGUGCAUGGUUUGUUUGUCUGUUACAUUUACAAGGUUGUGUUUAAAUGUACAAAAAUGAUGUAGGAAAUGUGAAACGAAGACAACAUUGCCACUGACAAGUUUUAAAGAUGUACAGUUUGAGUGAAAAUGAUGUAUAUAGAAAGGAUUCAUUAGUAUUGAAGUUCUGUGUGUUUCUUAUUUUGCACUUUCACGUUAAUAAUUGGUUGCACUAUUGACUAACACUGUAUUUCCUGUAGCUGUGAGUAUAAUGAUGUAUUAAACAUUGUGUCCAACA